CCGUGACGCACCAGAUUCAAAGUUGGGAGCAACGUUUCUGUUUAUGUCCUCUUCGCUCAUUUCUUUAACCUAGAGGUAUCCUACAAACAGCUUCUUCUUCAUGUUUUUGCUCGUGUGAUAGACGGUAACUUGUGGCUGUGAGGGAAUGGAAGGCAAAGUUAUCGGAGCCGGACCGUACCGGGCCACGAAGCUGUGGAAUGAAACCAUUAAACUUUUCCGUGGAGGCAUGCCAUUACGGAGGCACUGGGCAAACUUUCGCUACUACGACAGCACUUUCACUGGUACAGAGGCAGUGGAUUAUCUUCAUGAGCUGCUCAGAAGCAACUACAACUUUGGGCCUGAGGUAACCCGUUACCAGACUCUACAGCUACUCAGGAAGUUCUUUAAGGCCCAUGUGAUUGAGGACAUCAAAGGACGCCACGGGACAGAGGACUUUGAAGACAACAGUCAUCUGUACAGGUUCCCCACAAUGUCUCCCCUCAAGUCCCUUCCAACAAGACCUUCAUGGAGAGACGGCAGCGAUCUGCCCAGACUCAUCCGCUGGGAUGACUAUGAGGAACUGCCUCAGAGAGAAAACGUUGCACCUCAGAAGUCUGCAUUACUGACUUCAGACUUGUGGAAUAAAAGACACAGUGUUGCUAUUGGAGAUGUGGAUGAAUGCAAGCUGAUACGUAGGAGGGAAGUGACUUCUAAACAAGUGGACCACAUCUGGAAAUCAAUGACUAUUACACAUUUGCAGAAAACUCUGGGCUUGAAGACUUUGGAUGGAGUUUUAAACCCAGCACAUGUGAACGGCAGGCACAUUGUUCACAAUAUCUUCAAUGUUAAUAAAGCAGGUGUAGUUGUGCUGGAGAACCGAGCUGAGGACAUGCCAUAUUGGGUGAUCUCAGCUAUGAGGUGCCUUGCAAAAUGGCCUGAUGGAAAUGAUGCCAAACAGCCACUAUACCCAGGUUUUGAGAGAGAUGUUUUGAGAACAGUCGCAGAUUAUUAUCAGAGACUAAAAGAGCCCUUGCUGACCUUCCAUCUAUAUGAGGUCUUUGUCAACAUCCUCAGCUUGUUACAAGAGCAGGAGAACGCCACUGAAGCUCUUCAGGUCAGCUGCCUGCUGCUGCCGCCGCCCAACCGGAGACAGCUCCAGCUGCUGUUGCGCCUCAUGGCUCGGGUCUGCCACAAUCCUCACCUGCCUCCACUUAAUGACGCCAUUGCUACUCGAACACUGAUGGUGCAGAUGUUCUCUCCCUGUGUCCUGGGCUCCGCCGAUGACAUGGACCUGGAUGAGCUGCUUGCUACCAAACUGGUGACCUUUAUGAUGGAGCAUCACAACAUCAUCUUCCAAGUGAAUACCAAGCUGCAAUGUCAGGUGGAGGAGCAUCUGUCACAUUUAAAAAGAGCUCAGAUCAAAUAUGCAGGCUCGGAUACAGAUUUCAGUGCAUCCCCGGCUUUCUGCAGACAGAUUAAGAGGGUGGACUGUGAGGAGCAGAAGGUAAUAGGUACACAGAUCCCCCUGCAACAACUGUUAGAAGGCCUGAUUGCAGACGAAGAACUCCCUGCUAAAGACAAAAGGAAAAGACUCAAACAGUUCCAGAAGUCUUACCCAGAGGUGUACCAAAAGCGAUUUCCCACUGAGGAAAGCAAAGCUGCUGUCAUUCCUGAGAAACCCCCCCGGCUUAAACCUCAUCUCAUGUUUUUAAACCUCAAGAAACCGUUCCCACCUUUCCAGAGAAGCUGGAGUUUUAGGGCAUGAAAUGAUGCCCUUUGUGCUUCACCCUUAAAACACAUCUAAAUCUCAUUUACACAAGUGUAGCUGUAAUUGAAGACUGCUGACAAUUUUGGAACUUUUUUUAACAUUAUAGUUUUAUUAGACACGUCAAAGUAUGCACUACUGUUGGACUCAAAGCCUUUUUUUAAUACCAUAAAAUA